GCUCCAGCUGCACCAAGACAUGCGUGGACAGAUGGAGGGGCCUCACCAGCGUGAGAUGCAGAGCGUGAUGCAGCGGCUGCAACAAACUGAACAGGCGCUCGAGCAGCUGAACAUCACCUUGGAUAGCUUCUGGGAGGAGGUGGCUGCCAUCAGCGACCUCUCCACUGAGAUGCAAG